AUGGGAUCAAGACUACCAGCAGAUUGCCUACGCGAGAUAUUCGAAUUUUUACAUGAUGACACAAAGUCUUUACAUUCCUUUCUACUCAUAAACCGACUUUGGUGCGAAACAACAGUUCCGAUCCUUUGGAGGAAUACGAGAAAUUGGUUAUCGAAUUCUCAUUUCAAUGAUAAAUCAACUCAAAUUCUUUUCACCACAUUGUUGUCUUGCCUUCCGGAAGAUUCGAAAAAACUCUUAUCUGACAACGGAAUCAUAAUUCCACCUCCAACCGCGCAACCACCAUUAUUUGAAUAUGCGGCAUUUUGUCGUCGGUUAUAUUAUAAUGAUAUAUGUUACAUUGUCGAAGUGGCAAUUGGGGAUCGUCAAUUAGGCAAUUCGAGAAAUUUAUAUGGCAAACAUCUUAUCAAACAAGAAAUGUUUCGAAUGUUUUUAACUCGAUGUUCGACAAUUGAUUUCCUUGAUAUUUCUGAUCGAAAUGUACCCGAUUUACCUUUGCCAUAUUUUGCGGGAGCCGAAACAAGUUUAUCGCAUUUGUGUGAAUUACGAUGUAACAUGGAAAUUCCUCCAUCAAUAUUUUAUCGUAUGGCUCAAAUUUGUAGGAAUAUUGAAUCAUUAUUUAUUGGAUAUUAUCCUUUUGAUAAUGAUGGUUUAGCUACUUUAAUUGAGGUUCAAAAAAGGUUAAAAAAUUUCGAAUGUCAAUCUCAAAUACGUUAUACCGAAACAUUGGAAGAUAAGCCACCAUAUGUAAAUAUAGCUUCCGCUUUAGCGACUUGUUCUAAUACGUUAACGAACCUAACAUUCGGAGGGGAUUUAAUAUGUAUUCCAUCAUCUACUAUAGCAGAAAUUGUUAAUUUACAAGUAUUAAAAUUGGAUUUUAAUCAUUUUAAUCGUAAUUUGAAUGAAGAAAUUUUGGAAAGUUUAGAAUUCACGGCAUUCCCGAACCUUAAAAUGUUAAAAAUGGGAGGAAUACUUGCACCUUUAAUUAUGUUGGGAAGAUUAAUAAGAAGGACGAGAAAUAAUCUUGAAAGUAUUUCAUUACAUGGUUGGUCAAAACCCGACCCCAAACCAAUAGGAACGUUUAAUAGAGUCGUGGCUCAAUACGCUCCCAAAUUAAAAUAUCUUACCACUUGCCUUGAUAAUCCACUCGAUGGUGACCUUUUAUUUGAAAUGUUGGGAAAUUUAUGUCAUGAAAAAUUUUCCAAAUUACGAAUAGCAGGAAAAUGGACUUUUACCCCUAAAGGAUUAAAAAAAUUUUUUGAAAAAAGAAAGAAAAAGAAAAGAUCUUUUUCGUUAUAUAUCUGUGAUUGUUAUGAUGAAGUUGAUAGUUGUAUUGAAAUAACAAAAAGUCAUAAUCAAGUUAUUGAAAGGUAUAAGGCUGAAGGUAUAUUGAAAAAUUACAAAAUAGAAUAUGAUUUUACUGGGGACUUUUAA